CUACGCAUCUUCCGUAAAAUUAUAAAUAGAUUUUCGGAUUUCUCCAUUUCUCUCUCUCUCCUCCUGGUUCGAACUUCGAACUUCGAAGCCUGAACGCCUUCAAAAAAAAACUUCGAAGCUGGAGCUUUCCCGACCUUCAAUGCUGGAGCUUUCCCGCCAAAUUCCUCAAGACCUAUAACAGAGCGUACGAACGUGAUGACCAUUGUUCGAACCUCCUGUUUGCUCAAUCGUUCUCUCGCAAUUGCUCUCCUUUCGAUUUUUCUCCUCCAUUUCCGACCUUCAUUUCAAUCCUACAUUGAUCGAAUCUUCAGGUUCGAGACCGAUGAGGAAACCCUGACUCUAACCCAAACGAAAAUAAGAUCCUACGAGAACGUCGGAAGCAGAGAAGAAGCUGCAAGAUCAUACGAUAACGUUGGUGUCAAACAAGAAUCUCCUCAGAGGAAUUACAUUGUGAGAUUUAUUGAUUAGAGGAGAGCGGAGGAUCACAGGAGUUACCUUGAAGAGAAUAUCCAAUUGAGCGGGUGGAGAUGGAUCGAAAGAAGGAAUCCGGCUGCUGCGUUCCCAACCAAUUUCGGGCUCGCGUCCAUCGAGGACGGGGUCCGAGAGGCUCUGGUCACGGAAUUUGGGAAACUGGAGCUUGUCAAGGAUGUUUUGGUUGAUUUCAGCUAUUUUCGGAGCUUAUCUUCGAAGAAACUGCAUAGAAGAGGAGCUUUCGUGGAUGGAAAGAAGCGUCCCGGAAAGAUGUUUACUUCAAUGUCUUUCGGCGAGGGAGAACACCCUACAGCUCCAUGUAAUUCUACCAUAAGCUGGAAGCACAAGCUCAUGAUGCAGAGAUCCCAGGUUACAUCAUUGUGUGGAGCUAAGGCACUCUGGGCAAAAGGGCAUACAGGUGCCAAAGUCAAAAUGGCCAUAUUUGAUACUGGGAUUCGAGCAAAACACCCACAUUUCCGUAACAUAAAGGAAAGGACGAACUGGACGGAUGACGAUACCCUCAAUGACAAUCUUGGACAUGGGACAUUUGUUGCUGGAGUUAUUGCUGGUCAAGAUGCAGAGUGCCUAGGAUUUGCACCUGAGGCGGAGAUUUAUGCUUUCCGUGUGUUUACAAAUGCCCAAAUAUCUUACACAUCAUGGUUUCUUGAUGCUUUCAACUAUGCUAUUGAAACCAAUAUGGAUGUGCUGAAUUUGAGUAUAGGUGGACCUGAUUACUUGGAUCUUCCAUUUGUGGAAAAGGUCUGGGAACUGACAGCAAGUAACAGUAUUAUGGUUUCGGCCAUUGGCAAUGAUGGACCACUAUAUGGAACACUAAACAAUCCUGUAGAUCAAAGUGAUGUUAUUGGUGUUGGUGGGAUUGACUAUAAUGAUCACAUAGCUUCAUUUUCCUCUCGUAGCAUGAGCACUUGGGAGAUUCCUCAUGGGUAUGGUCGCAUGAAGCCAGAUAUUGUUGCAUAUGGCCGGGAUAUCAUGGGUUCCAAGAUCAGUACAGGCUGUAAAAGCCUUUCAGGAACCAGUGUGGCAAGUCCUGUGGCUGCUGGUGUGGUUUGCCUGCUUGUUAGUGUCAUCCCCGAGGGUAGCCGAAAGAAGAUUCUAAAUCCAGCAAGCAUGAAACAAGCACUUGUUGAGGGGGCAGCAAAGCUUUCUGGUCCUAAUAUGUAUGAGCAAGGUGCAGGCAAGAUAAUUCUCUCAAUAUAUGUCAGCUUGAAGUCAUAUGAAAUACUGAAAAACUACCAACCUCGGGCAAGCAUCUUCCCUAGUGUUCUCGAUUUUACAGACUGUCCUUAUUCCUGGCCCUUUUGUCACCAGCCACUCUAUGCAGGUGCUAUGCCUGUGAUCUUCAAUGCCACUAUAUUGAAUGGAAUGGGUGUUAUUGGCUAUGUCGAUUCUCCACCCUCAUGGCAUCCUUUGGACGAAGUGGGCAAUCUGCUUAAUAUUCACUUUACUUAUUCAGAAGUUAUCUGGCCUUGGACUGGUUAUCUUGCAUUACACAUGCAAAUCAAGGAAGAAGGUGCUCAGUUUGCAGGAAUAAUCGAAGGCAAUGUGACUGUUAGAGUAUACAGCCCAUCGACUCGUGGAGAAAACUUUCAACGACAAACUACUACUUGUGUGCUUAAAUUGAAGUUGAAAGUGGUUCCAACUCCUCCAAGAUCCAAGCGGAUUCUAUGGGAUCAAUUCCAUAGCAUCAAAUACCCGCCUGGUUAUAUCCCAAGAGAUUCUCUGAAUGUUCGCAACGACAUCCUUGAUUGGCAUGGAGAUCAUCUGCACACAAAUUUCCACACUAUGUUCAACGUGCUGAGAGAUGCCGGAUACUAUGUUGAAACACUUGGCUCACCCUUUACAUGUUUUGAUGCCCACCAGUAUGGGACACUGCUGAUGGUAGAUCUUGAGGAUGAGUACUAUGAAGAAGAGGUGCAGAAGCUUAAGGAUGAUGUCAUUAAUACUGGUUUAGGACUAGCUGUGUUUGCUGAGUGGUAUAAUGUAGACAUGAUGGCGAAGAUGAAUUUUUUUGAUGAUAGCACGCGAAGUUGGUGGAUCCCAGUUACCGGGGGUGCAAAUAUUCCGGCAUUGAAUGAUCUUUUAGCACCAUUUGGCAUUGCUUUUGGCGAUAAGAUUCUGCAUGGGGACUUUUCUAUUGAUGGUGAGCAGAGCCACUAUGCAUCUGGAACAGAUAUAGUGAAGUUUCCAGCAGGUGGUUUUCUGCACGGCUUCUCCUUCCUAGAUAGUUCAAUGAUUGGUGCCACUCAGAAGAUAUUACGAACUUCUGACAUGACAAAGGCAUCCUCCAUUUUGGGCCUUGUGGACAUGGGUAGCGGUCGUAUUGCAGUCUAUGGUGAUUCCAACUGCCUGGACAGUAGUCAUAUGGUAACCAAUUGUUUUUGGCUCCUGAAAAAAAUAUUGGAUUUCACUAGUAGGAAUAUCAGAGAUCCAGUGCUCUUCUCUGAUUCGAUCAGACAGGAUGUUCCACUCUAUGAGGAUGAUAACCAAUUACCAUCUCGCAGAACUGAUGUGAACUUCUCCAGUUAUUCUGCCGUUGUAGGCAAAGAAUUGAUCUGCAGGAGUGACUCCAGGUUUGAAAUUUGGGAAACAAAGGGCUAUGGCUUACAAGAGAGUUGGUGGAAGAAGAGGUUACCUGGGUAUCCUAAUAUUGGUGUGGCUGGUAGUUUGAAUUCAAUCAUAGCGGGUUCCUCUUUAGAGUGGACCAGGUCGCCAAGAAAGAACGAUGGGAAUUCUUCUGCCAGAACUGUUGGAAACCCAUAUGACAAAGGGAUGGAGUUUGCUUUGUUCAGCAGAGAUAAGUUUGAGAAGCCAGUGGUAGUUGCAAGUCGAUGGAUUGUACCAGCUAUCGUUGCCAUUUCUGGUCUUCUGCUGCUUCUGAGUUUUUGGCGAUUUGGACAGAAGCGAAAGCGACGGAAGAAAGGACCAGUCUCUAGCUCCGGUCGUGUCAUUAAUGUUUAGUCCCAGUGUUGGAAAUUAAUUUUGCACUGGUAUAGCUUUGUAGCUUACAUAUUUCUGGGUUGUAAUACAGUGGCAUGAGAUUUUUUAGCAGUUACAAAAGUUGAAGUCAUCGGUCUGCUAUACAGCAGAGAGGUAAAUUGCCUGCCAAUCAGACGCCAAGGAGCUGAGCUGCUGAUCAGUUUGAUGGAGCACCAAGCUACCAAUAUUUCUGUUCCCCUGCAAAUUCUGAAGGUUAAAUAAAUGCUGGUUUAACCAUUUCUUUCCAGAAACUCAAACAGGAGAGCGGGAAAACAAUCUCAGCCAAUUCCUCAAUAAACAAAGAUAGAUGCAACCCGAUGGGGAUAUACAUGUGUUCGUCAUCGCUGACAGACAUUGCUGUUAUUACUUGUUAGAAUGGUUUUCUGCACUAUAAAUGUAACAAGUUUUUCGUUGGCAACUGAGCUCUGUCUCUGUUAUUUUUCUAUUUCUUUUUUAACUCUCUUCGCUAAAAUUAUCAAUACAACCGCAAAGUAAGUCGAUGAAUGCGUUAUGGUAGAUGGUUUCUUUUCGCUCAGUAUAGUAUACAACUAUGUAGAGUGCGGAAAGCCUAGUAUUUAUAGUUUUAUACUAUUUCCUUUGGAAGGAGUACAAACACAAAUAUG